AUGUGGCGUGACCGCAUUGCAGGCCAAUCGACCCUCUCCGGAGUAAAUCGUAAUCCUCCCUCCUUACCCCGGCGUUCUUCGUCUCAGCUCUCCCGCGACCCCUACAACGCCCGUCCCGGCAUUACCCCGACAACCUCCUCGACCUCAUUGCUCGUGUCUCCGAAUGACUCAACCGCCUCGCUCCCAGGAACCGCACGUCCACCUAAUGGCACGGGAUUCAGGCAGACAAGUGCCCAGCGACCGCGUCCGGCGGUGAUCCCCGAUCCGCUAGAAGUAUUGAAUGGAAUCAUUCGGAAAGAGAAACAGGGCAAAGGGGCUCUGCAGCUCCCCGCAAAUUCAGAAACACGGCCACAAGAGUUAGUGAAGGCCAUUGACUUUGAGGGAUUGAGCUUGGAAGAAUUCGUGGCGAAAGCAACCCCGAAGCCGACCAGAAAGUCCCCUGGUAGUGAUGUCAAUGCGCAAACGAUUCAACAGUUCGAGCAGGAACGGGAUAAGUUUCAGGAUCUCCAUACCGCUAUAAGCGGCUGUGACGAUGUCUCCAAGUCAGUGGAGUUGUACCUGAAUGACUUCCAAAAUGAGUUAGGAGCCGUGUCCGCGGAGAUUGAGACAUUGCAAACCCGCUCUACCCAGCUAAAUGCGAUGCUGGAGAAUCGGAGAAAUGUGGAACGGCUACUUGGACCAGCGGUGGAGGAGAUUAGCAUCUCACCAAAAGCUGUUCGUGCGAUUGUUGAAGGUCCUAUGGAUGAGAACUGGGUGCGUGCCCUGAAUGAAAUUGACGCUCGGACCACCGGCAUCGAAGCCAAAGCGUCUUCCUCAACCGGUUUUAAAGCAAUAGAGGAUGUACGGCCACUCUUAAUCGAUGUGAAGAACAAGGCGAUCGAACGAAUUCGAGACUAUCUGGUGUCGCAAAUCCGGGCAAUGCGAUCGCCAAACAUCAAUGCGCAAAUCAUCCAGCAACAGCGAUUGGUGAAAUUCAGGGAUCUUUAUACCUACUUGUCAAAGGUGCAUCCAACUCUUGGUGGGGAAAUUUGCCAGGCGUACAUCAACACCAUGCGCUGGUACUAUACGUCCAAUUUUACUCGCUAUCUCCAGGCUCUCGAGAAGAUCAAGAUCUAUCCGAGUGAUCGCAAUGAAGUACUUGGAGGUGAAUCUUCUACACACAGAACAGGAGGUAUCCUACCGGGCGGCCGAGCUGGCUCUGCCGCACACGACCCAUUUUCUCUAGGUCGACGGAUUGAUGUUCUUCGAAAUGGGAACCAACCUGCCAUCUCCUCCUACAUUGCCGAGGAAGAUCACUCCUAUCAUGGGAUCGAACUGCCCUUCCGGAACUUCAACGUUGCCCUGGUCGACAACGUAUCUGCAGAGUACUCUUUCCUCACUGAAUUUUUUUCUCCUUUGACAUUCCAUGAAAUUUCGCGCAAGGCCGGGGAAAUCUUCGAACCGGUGUUCACCCUUGGCCGAAACCUGACGAAGAAACUCAUUGAAAAUACAAAUGAUUCGUUGGGUGUCUUGAUGUGUGUCCGUCUGAACCAACACUCGGCUUUUGAAUUCCAGCGGCGUAAGGUUCCCGUUGCAGACUCAUAUGUGAAUGGAAUCAACAUGCAGCUAUGGCCGCGCUUUCAGGUUAUCAUGGAUCUUCAUGGCGAGUCACUCAGACGAGUUGGUUCCAACACUGGACGAAGUGCGAUGUCCGCUCUCUCCAUCGCAGGCGGAGACGAUUUGAAACAAUCAUCUGCACCGCACUUUCUGACCCAGCGGUUUGGCCAGCUCCUUCAUGGAAUCUUGGUGCUCAGCAGUGAUGCAGGGGAUGACGAGCCUGUGUCAAAUAGCCUGGCUCGGCUACGCUCCGAGUUCGAUUCCCUCUUGGCGAAGCUGAGUCGAAAUGGCACCGACGCAAAGCGCAGAGAGCGAUUUCUUUACAACAAUUAUUCAUUGAUCUUAACCAUUAUUAGUAUGCUUAUUGAAUCCCAGGAUACCCAAGGAAAACUAGCGACCGAUCAGAGAAUGCAUUUGGACGAGAUGCUGAAAAGCUGCAACAAGCGUUGA